CAUCUAGCCCGCUCUAGCUCUUUCGGGACGGCUGAAGCUCAUACUGGAGCUUGCUGGUAAUCUUGGUCGCAGCGCAUUUCUACAACACCACUCUUGAUGAAGCUACAAGGCCGCCGUUGACGCGCAAGCUACCACACCGGCUGCCCUUGCAUCUACGUCAAUCUUUUUCUGCGCAAUGAAAUGUUGAUUGCUUGACCGUCACUCCCUCACACCGUUGCAAUAUCGUGCAAUCAAGCGUGUGGCUGGUGUCAGACAUAAGACCAGUUCUCAUACAUCGCAUCCAUUGGCUGUAUAGCUCUUCGUCCGUUCUAGCCUGGAUACAUUCCAAGCCAAUCAAUUAUGUGGCCUUCGGUACCAGCUUACAGAAGCUUCGCCAACAUAGCAUGUCCCUCGGGUGCAAAGUGCGAGUUGCCUCACUGCAUUUUCAGCCACGAAUCUACAAAACCCACUAUAGCAAGUCGAUCUCCAUCGCCAGCUGCAGUAACAUAUGACUCGGAGCCAAUCACAAAAAGACUGAAGCUUGACGACAGUACAAAAGCACCCACUGCCGGCGCGCCUGCAUCAGCUCAGAAGAACCCCAAUGUUUCGGUCACCGCGGACUUACCCAAGAAAAAGAUACCUGCAACAGACAAUGGACCUGGACCGGCUAACACCGUCCCUCCAAAAACGCAUGUCGGAAGUGUCACCGUUGCUUCUCUCCCGAAAUCUGUCACGCGGCCAGUAUCACCACCCCCGGCCGCAGCUGCACCGAAGGCUACCGUCAAACCCGAUGCUCCUGUUGCUUUGAUGCCGCGCAAACUCAACAAAGAACCAGCAACUUUUACCAAACGAGUCGCUUUGCUUAAGGCAUUACAUUCCUACAUGAAGCCGCAGAACGAUAAGCUACUCAAAGCAGUCAAGCCUGAGAUCAAAGCGCUGCAUCUUUCCGCAAACCAACUCAACAAGCUAGCAGUUGACGAAGAGGAAAGAAUAGCUACAUCGAACCCCUCUGUAUACGAGAACAUACUCAAGCAGCGGUUGGUCAAGUUGAAAGGCAUGUCAGCAGAAGAAUGGGUCAGGGAACGACGCGAUGCGGUAGCCAAGGAGAAGGGAGAGCCACCGAAGAAAGCACCACCCAAAAGGGUAGAUACGGGCCUCACAGCGAAAGAAGAGAUGACGUUCCUCCCCAGGCUUGUGUGUCCGCAGGAUGGAUUAGACCAGCACGGCUAUGUAACCAAGGUACCUUCCAGAGCCGAUUUUAACGAGACGGAAUUGGCGCUCGAAGCAGCUGGCGGGUGGGAACAGUGUGAUCGCUGCAACACUCGCUUCCAGGUCUUCUCAGAGCGGCGAGAAGAAGAUGGAGCGCUUACAACAGGAGGACAGUGCAAGCAUCACUGGGGUAGGCGCAUCUUUCCUAGGAAAACAAGAGGCGUCGCCCCAGAACCUACAAAGUUCAGUUGUUGCAAUGGGGAGGUAGGGUCGCCGGGCUGCACUACACAUCCUACCCAUGUAUACAACGUCAAGGAUCCAAAUCGACUGUCACUCAUUAUGCCAUUUAUAGAAACACCGGAGAACGACAAGGUCCCGAAGGACACUGCUGUGUGCUUCGACUGUGAGAUGGGGUACACCACCAAUGGCCUUGAGAUGCUUCGUCUCACAGUCAUUACAUGGCCACAACACAAACCUCUUGUCGACGUGCUAGUCCGCCCUCUUGGACACGUAUUGGACUUCAAUACCCGUUUCUCUGGCAUCACUGCAGAUCAGUUUCUGAACGCGAAACCAUAUGAUCCAGAAAACCCAAAACCCGUGCGCAAAGACCUCCGCAUCGUCGAAUCACCCCACGCAGCAAGAGAACUCUUUCUCUCUCACGUCUCUCCCACCACCCCAGUCCUUGGCCACGCUCUCGAAAACGAUCUCAACACCAUCCGCCUCGUCCACCCAACCAUCAUCGACACCGUACUUCUGUACCCAAACCCCAGUGGUCUCCCUUUCCGCUUCGGCCUUCGAAAACUAGCGUCCGAUCAUCUUGGCGAGCAAAUCCAGCAAGGAGGCGCUGCUGGCCACGACAGCUACGAGGACGCGCGCACUACAGGCGAGCUGGUUCGAUGCAAGAUUAAGGAGAGGUGGAAGCUUUUGAAGAUUGAUGGUUGGCAGAUUAGAGAUGAUGGUGUGUAUCCGCCUAUGCCCGCUGAGAAACCGCCAGAGCAUGCCCCGGUUGCGCCGUCGAUGGUGCCAGAGGCGAAGAUGGCGGUUCUUGAGGGGAAUCCGGCGCAGAAGAGGAAGUUGGACGAUGAAGAGGGAAAAGAAGAGGCUGAGGCGAAGGGGCAGGAGUGAAAUAUGGUGUCACGCGAUGACUGGCGUGCGAAAACAGAAGCAAGGAUUCGUGGUAUGGCGAUAUGAUGGGGAUAUGUGUAUAUGCAUGGUAUUGCAUCAUAGCGUACAGGCGUUUGCAUGUAGUGAGGAAAUACCCACAUUAGCCUGCGGUAUGGCAAGAAGUAUAGUUUUCAUGUAAAGAUACGAGAUGACUUCCUCAUCCUGUACCUAGCCCAGAGACC